AGCGGCAACUCGCAAACCUGAUCCGAACCAAACCCGCCUAUUUGCUUAACCACCGACUGUAACUCUCCGGCGAGCAGCGGCUUCGUUUUGUUCACAGUAGGACCUUCAGGCAGCAUUCAAUGGAGGCCAGCGGCAAGGCAAAGAAGGGCGCAGGAGGAAGAAGAGGAGGCGAGAAGAAGAAAUCGGUUUCUCGUUCCGUUAAGGCCGGCUUGCAGUUCCCCGUCGGUCGUAUCGCUCGUUAUCUGAAGAAAGGAAGAUACUCUCAGCGUGUCGGCACCGGCGCUCCGGUCUAUUUAGCAGCAGUCAUGGAGUAUCUAGCCGCCGAGGUUCUUGAGUUAGCCGGAAAUGCCGCUAGAGACAACAAGAAGAACAGAAUCAUUCCAAGGCACGUACUAUUAGCGAUUAGGAACGACGAAGAACUCGGAAAAUUGCUCGCCGGCGUAACCAUUGCCAGUGGCGGUGUUCUGCCAAACAUCAACCCGGUGCUGUUGCCGAAGAAGACAGACAAGGCUUUGAAAGAGCCGAAAUCUCCAUCGAAGGCCGGUAAGUCGCCGAGCAAGGCGGCUUAAUCAUAAUGAAUCUGUAAUUUAUGACGGUGUUUUGGAUUUUGUUUGUAAUGGUAGACGAAGAUUAGGGCUUUGGAAUGCAAUACUGUAAUCGAUCAUGGCUAUUUAGGGAUUUUCCGGCGAGGAAUCAAACCAGAAGCUCUACUCGUAGUUAAUCGUUAA